AUGAAGAUAUCACAUCGGGAAACAUACCAGCACCAGACCGGAGCCCUGGACACCGACACCAGGCAACUCAUUAAAUGUGUCCUAGGACAAUGUACGGGACUUCUGAAACCUAGGUGGAACGAAAGCAAAGCUCUGUCAACAAUGAGUAGAGUUAUCGGGCAAUUACUAGAGAAGCACAGAUACACAUACAACGGUAUGAUCAACACACUCUAUGUGGAUGACAGAGGGGAUAACGUGAAGUUCAUCAGUGCAGUAGCCCAUAGCAUCUUUGAAGACGGGACCGUCAACUGGGGCCGUGUUGCCAGCCUGACAUCUUUUGGGGCUGCGGUGUGCCGGUACUUGAGAGACAAGGGGAGAGACGACUGUGUAGAUUUGGUGGGAGAGGAGAUAUCAGAGUACCUGGUCACUCACCAUAAGGACUGGCUAGUCAAACAUAACUCCUGGAAUGGGUUCGUGGAGUUCUUUCCAGUAGCAGAACCUGGGUCCAGAUGUAGGAACAUCAUCAUGACCAUUUUUGGAUUGGCUGGUAUUGGGGCAACAAUGACCUUCUUGGUUAUGUGA